AUGUAUAUCAAUACAAACACACACUUUUUACCAAAAAAUUUCAUUGUUCAUACAUUUUAUAGUGAAAGGACUUGUUUCUGCUGGAAUCAAAAUGAACUUGUAAUAUUUCCAUACGGAAAUAAUGACUCUGUCGAAGUUUUGACAACACCAGCACCAAUAAAAACUGUACAAUGUUUUAGCGGUAGAAUUUUUUUAAUUUGCAUUCCACAAGGCGUUUAUAAACUUUCGAGGGAUUGGAAAUUUGCCGUUUUAAGCAAAAGUGCGAUUGGAAUAGGUACUGUUUUUUAUGAGGUACUGAUACCAAGAAAUGGAUAUCUUUAUUUGGAUAAUAAACAAAAAAUGUCAAACAAACUAUUAUUUAAACUUUCUUCCAAAGAAAUUAAUUCCAGUCAGCUAUGUGUUCAUCUGUUAAACGUGGAAACCACUACAGAAUGUUUUAUGAAAGCCUUAACAAAUAAUUACUCUACCGUAGAAAAUUUAUGUAUAAUUGCAAACGGACAAAAACUUUUAACAUUAAUUAACGAGACUGUACAAAUAAUACAUAGCAGUAUUUACUCCAUUAGAGAUGUAAUACCUGUAUGGAAAAAUAACAAGAUUGUAGCAUUACUUCUUGCUACUACCAUAAAUGUUGUUAUUAUAAUGCAUCCAAAAGAUGACACACUUAUCUUUGAAACAAUUUAUUUAAAGCCAGAAAUACAAGCCAUUUGUGCUGGUUUUAGUCAAUCCUUAGAUGACAUGUUAUGGAUUGUUUAUUUAUAUGAAUCUGAAUUGUACUAUGCAAAAAAACAAUUACUCGUUGAUAACGUUCAUCAAAUAAGAGUUGAAGAUAAAAGCUUUGUUUGUUUACAAUCAUAUGAUUCUAAGAUGAUUUUAGGUUUGACACAGGAUAAACAAUUAGUAGAGAUUUCUAUAAAUACAAUAGAAAGAAACCUACCGGUAGAGAAUGAUACUUUUAUUAAUCUGCAUUCCAACAUGUUAGAAACUGCAACAGUUAUAAUGGAGAAGAUUUAUAAGGGAACUCAAGAAUUACAAAUUUUAAAUGAAACAUUAACAGUAGAAACAGAUAAAUUAAAAAGAAUAAAUUUAUACGCACAUAAAGAUAAAGUACUCUUUUGUCCGAAAAUAACAACAAAUUAUGUAGCGAAUCGGUUAUUUUUAUCUGCAAAUUUUCACGAUGUCUUUCCAAAAAAUAGUUGGGUCAUUCUUAAUAUGAAAUUUAAAUAUCAAAAUUUAUUUUGUAUGAAAAAAGUAGUAAAUCAAGAGAUUACAAUCGAUAUUUAUGUACCUGAAAAUUUAGCGAUAAAUUUUUCGCAAAUUGCAGUGGAUUUAAUAACUUUUAAAGAUGAAGGACAUCCUUGGUGUCUAAUAAGGAAUUAUGUAAUGAGUGAUUAUAUUGAAAAACAAAAGAAAAAGAGAUCAAAUUAUGAUUUUAUAAAUUCUAAAAUUGCCAAGCUCGAAGCUUUUAUACGAGAAGGAAACAUUGAUAUGAAAAAAUUAUCUGAAAUUAAGAAAAGUGUAAGGAAAGAAUUUAAUGAUAUUUAAAUUUAAAUGAUAUUUGAAAUAAACUUUAUAACUUGAUAUUUAUUUUAUAUUAUAUUUUUAUGACGUGAAUUUGUAUAGAAAAUAGUAGGAAUUAAAUAUAGGUGAUCAAUAAAAAAAUCCAUUUGAAAACAAAACUGUAUCUUUAUUUUAUGAAUAUAAUAAUAUGUUGAUAAA